UUUCAAGAUUCAGCACCAUGCCCACUGAUAUCCAGGCUUGCGAGGCCCUGUCUGAACCCCCUGUGGAUGUUACUAUUUCUCCUUGUCCGUCCCUGUCCGUAGCCGGCGCCUUUUUGUACUCUCUUAGUAGGUAUGCUUAGUAUGCAGAUCUUCCUGGAGAAGGGAACAUCGUAGAAAGCCUUGUUUGCCCCCAAACUUCUUUGUCCUCCUUUGACCCUCCUUCUCACAACAUCUUAAAUGCGCCACGCCGGUCGAAGGCUUAAUUUAGUUUCGACUUUUCAGGAACCUUAAUACCUACCUCCCAAGCUACCAGCAGCCGGCCGUAUUUAAAGGCGUUAUCUUGUAGUGAACAGCCCUGAUCGACAUCGCUACUCCUCGGACGAACGACCGACAAAGGCUGCAAGAUUGCCAAGACGAAUCCACUCACGUCCACGUCCUGACGACUUGCUUCCACAAGUCACACGCACGUCUGUACCUCUCUCGACUGCAUGGCGACACGGUUAUGACAGUAUACGACCCCGAAACUAUCCGCCGACUAGUACCGCCCUGCACUUCUAUUUGGCGACCCAAUGGCCGAAAACGAAAAUUCGGGCGGCAUCAAAGAUGGCUCGAAGGAUGAGGGGAUUGGCCUUGAGGCAUUCGCCGCUGCACUGGUCACUGGUAUAGCUGUCUUCGCAGUCCAGAUCACCAUAUUCCUACUCUUCAGGAAUAAGCUCGCCCGCAUAUAUAAACCCAAAACAUUUCUUGUCCCCGAGCGAGAGCGAACUGACCCGCCGCCCGCGAGCCCUUGGUCCUUAGCGACCUCGCUUUUGAAAAUCAGCGACCGUGAACUCAUCAAGAAAUGCGGUCUUGACGCCUACUUUUUCCUGCGAUACCUGCGAAUGCUCCUGGUUAUAUUCAUACCCAUUGCGUUUAUCGUCAUCCCGAUCCUUGUUCCGAUCAACUACGUUGACGGGCUUGGGCAUGAGGUUGUCCGCGAUGUAAAAGACAAUCCCCCCGACGUCCCCCGAGGGCUGGACACGUUGGCAUGGCCGAAUCUGAAGCCUAAGAACCAUCAGAGGCGAUGGGCGCAUCUCGUUAUGGCUCUGGCCGUCAUUGGUUGGGUCUGCUACAUAAUGUUCUUGGAGCUGCGGAUCUACAUCAAAGUACGCCAGGAUUACCUCACCAGCGCAGAACACAGGCUGAGGGCCUCGGCAAACACAGUGCUGGUCAGCUCCAUUCCAGAGAAGUGGCUUACCGAGGAUGGAUUGAGGGGCUUGUUCGACGUGUUCCCAGGUGGCAUUAGGAAUAUCUGGAUCACGCGUGACUUUACAAAGCUCCUGGAGAAAGUCAGGAAGCGUGACGAAAUACACGAUCAGCUCGAAGCUGCGCAGACUGAACUUAUUCGCGAGGCCAAACGGAGAUAUCUGAAAAAGAGGAUUGCCGAGGAGAAGAAGGGACAGGGUGACAAGGGUCGUCAUCGCCCUACCAAAGAUGAGAUUCAGAAACGACAGGAUGAAGAAGAUGCUGAAGCUCGCUUGCGCGCUCAGCAGGGGGGUAUCAGCGCAGGAACCCAUGAGGAGGUUCCUCAUAUCGAUACCGCGGUUGAACAAGAUCAGCGGCGGAAUAGCUAUGUGCCUCCGGAACAGGAUAAUGCCGAUGGAAGCUCUAAGGAAGCAAAGGGGCUAGGUCUCGGGUUCAUCGGAAAAGGUAUCAAGGGCGGCGUUAACGUUGUCGGCAAAGCCGGCCACACUCUUGUCGGAGGCGCUAAGACCAUUCAGAAGGGCGUCGACGGGCAACUGGAGCAUACUGGCGGAUUUGGCUUUCUGCCCGGAGAAUCCAGAGGACCUGGAAGCCCUGUGCCACCCCGACCUGUAACGCGAGGAUCCGACCGACGACACAGGGCAGCUCCCAUGUCGAGUGAUAUUAGAGAGGAGACCAAAAAGACCUCAUUUGACAGCGACUCGGGCUACCAGGGGCAUUCCCCUUCUGGCUCCAAAGACGAAGAUCUUAUGGUGGCUGGUGGCACGCGCCCCAGUUCGGCUCAGACGCGAGGUAACACGACAAGGAAAGCUAUGAACCUGGAUGGCAUGAUUGUCAAUGAGAACAACUCUUGGUGGAAGUUUUGGAAGGCUCCCUCAGGGGGCUACGCCUCUCCUGUUCCCCAGGGACGUGAGGAAGAUGAGUUCCCCCUGACCGGUUCGUCAUCGUCACAGAAGCAGAAGAAGACCUUGUGGCAAAGAUUGCUGGCUUCGUUGCCUCUCAUUGGUGGGGAAGAUAUUGCUCCAGUCGAGUAUCCCGUGUCAGCAUCCGAAUUCGCCUACUCCAAUGAUCGCGAGGAUGGAGCCGAAUGGAAGAAGUGGCUGAAAGAAUCCAAGCGUCCUACUCACCGUCUUCCCAACUUCGAGUGGACGCCCUCAUGGCUGCCCGGGCUUCCUCUGAUUAACAAGAAGGUCGACACGAUUUACUGGGCUCGCGGCGAGCUCGCACGUCUCAACAUGGAGAUCGAGAUCGACCAGAAGCACCCUGAGAGAUACCCAGUUAUGACCUCGGCCUUUAUUCAGUUCAACAACCAGGUAGCUGCCCACAUGGCCUGCCAGAGUGUGACCCACCACGUUCCUAGGCAGAUGACGCCCCGUGUUGUCGAAGUCGCGCCUCAUGACGUUAUCUGGGAAAAUAUGGCCAUUACUUGGUGGGAUGAGUGGCUUCGAUUUGCAAUCGUCCUUGCACUCAUCGUUGGCAUGGUUAUCCUUUUCAUUUUCCCCGUCGUGUUGUCCUCUGGAGUCUCCCAAAUCGACACCUUGGUCGAGGCUGCUCCUCUAUUGAGCUUCCUUUCGCGGAACGAAAAGGUUUACAACUUUCUCAAGCUUGUUUCUGGAGUGCUCCCGGCUAUCAUCUUGGCCAUAAUUCUGGCGGUCGUGCCCCUCAUUUUCAACUACCUUGCAAAGCUCCAAGGUGCCAAGACAGGUGCACAGAGGUCCGAGUCUGUACAGGUGUACUACUUCGCGUUCCUGUUUUUCCUCCUCUUCCUCGUUGUCGGUCUGUCAACAAGUGCUGUGAGUACACUCACAGCCUUUUUCAGUGCCAACGAUGCUGUGAACCAGGUUGUAGGCAUUCCAGAACUUUUGGCCAAGAACUUGCCCAAAUCAGCCAACUAUUUCUUCACCUACAUGAUACUGCAGGCUCUAUCUGUGAGCUCGGGAACACUCAUGCAAAUCGGUACUCUCAUAGUCUGGUACAUCCUCGGCAGACUCCUCGACAACACUGCCCGGGCCAAAUGGAAGCGGCAGACUGAGCUACCCAACGUCAACUGGGGCUCUUUCUUCCCCGUAUAUACCAACUUUGCAUGUAUUGCAUUGAUUUACUCGAUCGUGGCUCCUAUAAUCGCGAUUUUCGCCAUCAUCACAUUCAGCCUCCUUUGGCUUGCUCACCGUUACAACAUGUUCUACGUCACGCGCUUCCAGACAGACACCGGCGGCGUCUUGUUUCCAAGGGCCGUCAACCAGCUCUUCACCGGUCUCUAUGUCAUGGAGCUAUGCCUGAUUGGCCUGUUUUUCUUGCAAACGGAUGAACGUGGAAACCUUGUUGGCUUCAGACAGGCAAUCGUCAUGAUUGUGGCAAUGGUCAUCACCGUGGGCUAUCAGAUCCUACUCACCAAGUCAUUUUCACCUUUGUUUAGGUAUCUGCCUAUUACCUUUGAGGAUGAGGCAGUUCUGAGAGAUGAAGCCUUUCAGCGGGCUCAGGAUCGUCGUCUGGGUCUUGUUAAUGACGAUCCAGAAGACGGUGAUGGUGAUGAGGCCGGGAUGCUUCGUGGGGAUGCCUCUGGGGCAACCAGAGAAGAGAUCGAGAUGAGAAGACUGUCUGCCAAGCGCCGAUCAGUCACGGGCAGCGCCCAUGGCUCCAAAUUAGGCAUGCUUAACCCUGUCGCGGGCAUACGGCAUGCCGGGACCUGGGCCGUCCGGGCCGGGAAACAGAUUGAACACGCUACGUUAGGCAAGGCGGAAAAGAACCUCAAGACCGCGGCCCAGUACCGCAAGGAACGUCGCAUGAAGGACCUCGAGGCGCAGCGCGCUAUAGGAGAUGCGCUGUACGGAGGCUUCCACGAUGAAAUCGAGGACCUGACGCCGGAUGAGCGAGACGUGCUCGUCCGCGAGGCAUUCAAGCACGAGGCAUUGCGCUCGCGCCGUCGGGCCAUCUGGAUCCCGCAGGAUGAGAUCGGAGUUUCUGACGACGAAAUCUACCGCACGCAGUCCUUUAGCGAAUACAUCUGGAUCAGUAACGAGGGCACAGCGCUUGAUAGCAAGACCCGCGUCAUCUAUGGGCGCGCACCACCCGACUUCUCCGAGAUGGAUCUCAUCAGCCUUUGAUCAAAAGAUCCCCUCGUCACCAGGUAGCUUGGCUUUGCACAGAAAGAGCCGACAAAGUUGCCUCUCAUUCCUGUCUAUACUUGACAUUUUACUUUCCUUACCCACUACUUUUGUUACCAUUCCUGUAUAUCACACUCACGCGAUAUCCUACAUUAGCGUUGGCAUUAGCAUCGAUGCGUUGGUUUUCCUUUUCUCAUAUGUAAAUCAUCUCGGGAGUCAAAAUGAAAUACGCCUUUUCUUCAUAUACCCCCGAGUUUCAGGCGUCUGGGGGUUCAGUUGGGCAAUGAGUUCUAUGAUAACAAGACUAAAUUCAAAGUUUAAAAAGAAUUACGCAUG